GCCAUUUAUCACAUAGCUGUUGGUUUGUCGUAUUGUACACUUGUGGGAUGGCAUGCAAUGCAUGGCUAUCCUACGCACACACCGACCCGCGGCCCAAUCCACCACUCAUCCAUCCAUCCAUCCUUCAACCGCGCCGACGCAUACUAGAAAUGCUCUCACUGAGACAAGGACAGCACACACACAGACACAUACACACCGAAGUCAACCGCCUCAUCGUGCCCCUCCCUCCACAAACACAAACCGCACCUGUGUUGUCCAUCUUUGACCUGUUGGUAGCAGUGUCGGCAGAAUGCAGCCUCCUUGGGCAUCACUCCCGCGAUGAAACGGACCACACCUUCACCAUACUUGCCACCACACACCAGGCACCUGCACACCCACACAGACAGAGACACAUCUUUCGAAACCGCAAAUUGCGCCAAUGGACGUGGCUGGCUGAGCUUACGGCAGCUGCGUCGGAUUGUGAUUGUCCCCCAUGUCGUUGUCCUCACUCGUGUGGCCUUUGUUUCCCAUUGCCCCCAUCGCCUCCUCGACACACAUGGAGCUGCAAGUCACACACCAACAUUGCUGCAGUGGUCGGUCGGUUGGUAUGCUUUGUGCUGACCUACCUGGGGUCUGAGGUGGCUGGUGAAGGCGCGGGGGCGUUGACAUUGAGGGGAGGAAACUCACUGCAUACAAUACAUAUGUGACAGAACAGGCCAGCCAUUGGGCGGACUGACUGGCGCUCCCACUCGUGCCUUACCCGUAGCUAAGUUGCGACAUCGGCUGCAACGACCACAGCUUAGACCAACCUGCAAAUCUGACACACACCACAACCGCACCACAUAAAUCCCAUCCAUUCGUCCCAAUCCUUCCUUCUGCAUACCGUGACUUGGGCGUCUCCUUCUGCUUGUCCACACCACCAUUAUUGCCUUCACCCAGCUGCAGUGCGGGUUGGGUGCCGACACACGCUGAUGAUGCCUUCUUGUCCCGACACGGGGAAGGGGGACGGAGGGGGGAUGGGAAACCGUCAGCACACGGGGAGGGCGGACGGAGGGGGGAUGGAAAUCCACACGACGAGGGAUGGCGGAGGGGCGACAAUGAGGGACUCACACGCACCGGAAGCGGCUCGACGGCCUCCGCUGCCGUGGGUGUGUGUGUGCCGGUGGAUGCCUGCUCGGAGUGAUGAUCAGGCUGGGGGUCAGUGGGCGACUGCUUCUUCUUCUUGACGGUGACGGAGACCUCCACAUAGCGGAAGGCCGACACCGAGACCUUGCUCUUGUCGAUGGGCACGAAGGCGCGGGAGGCGGGCUUGACCUUCUUCUUGUGUCUGCCGCCCUCCAGCUGCUCCCGCACCAGCUGCUCCAGAAGGAGCUGUCCGCCUCGCCGUCGGACGCACCAUCGUCGAUUAUGCCUUCCCCCCCGCCAUCCCCGCCGUCCUCGCCCUUCUGCUCUUAUUGGUCUUGGGGUGGGGAAUGCACCAGCAGCCGUGGAGGUCGGCUUGCCUUAUCCUUCUCAUCCUUCUCCUCUGCUGCCUUGGCCGCCUCCUCCUCCCGCAUCAGCUGCCGCGCACUCACGAGCGCCUGGUGCUGCUGCUGUCGCGAUACGGCCUGCUGUUUCUUGAUCAUCGCCGCGUGUUGAGUCCGUCGCUUAUUGUGCCGCUUUUUGCAUCCCAUGAGGUGAGGAAUGCGCCAGCACUCGAGCCAGUAGAAGAACACCGUCAGCACGCCGACGAAGAAGCAUGACGCCACGAGCAGCUCGGCGUUGGAGGGCUCAGCCUCGCGAACCUUCGGCAAGGGGAAGAGAUAUCUGUCCGGAGAAUGCAUCUUGUGCCCUCCUGCC